UACUCUGAAAGGUGUGACCCGGAAGUUAUUAGACGCAUGUGUCCAGUAGAGUUUGUUUAUACGUGCGUGGUAAUGUCAAUGAGCUUGCAACAAUUUACCAUGAACAACUGUACAAGAAUAGCUAAAAGAGAAUGGAAGUUUAUCCUGAACGUGGUCUCUGGACAGCGGGACGCCUGCCAUCGGUGUCUGAUGACAGCUCCGGUACUCCACCGGAGUCAGGCCACCGCCGCUAAACCCGGAUCCGAAGAUGGAGAGAAACCCCGACUGCGAGCGAUCGACCUGGCACGUAAGGUCCAACAGGAGAAGGAGAAGGCACCCAAGGAAGACGUCCCGAUGUCUGCUCAACAGAAAAGACUAACGGAUCUGAGACGGUUCAGUAUGCAGCUACAAAACGUUCAUCCCAACGUGCUGGCCAAACACCUCCACAGAGGCGUGCUGUACCAGGAUAAAGAUGUAGUUAUCAUCAACAAACCCUACGGUGUCCCCGUCAGAGAGGACCCUAGAGUCACAUCCAUCUCCUCUGUGCUACCUGUUCUCUCCAAAAUGAUGGAUGGGAUGAAGGUUCAAUCUGAUUCUCAGCUCAUCCCAUGUCUUGGACUGGAGAAGGAGACAUCAGGAGCUCUCCUGCUGGCCAGGAGGGAGGAAAUCGUGGAGCACAUACUAGACCUCCAGAAAAACAAUCAAGUGCAGAGAAAGUACUGGGUCAUCACAGUCGGCGUCCCUGUGCCAUCUGAAGGAUUGAUUGACAUCCCUGUCAUAGAGAGGGAGGUCACAGGAUCUCAGCCACACUACAAGAUGGCUCUAAGUCCUCUUUUCAAAAUGAAUGAUGCAGGUGAUGGUGUCACCAAAAUCCGUGCCCACAAGCAAGCCCACCCUGCACUAACCAAGUACAGAGUCAUAGACAGCAGCAAUGGUUGUAGCCUUGUGGAACUCCAGCCUUUUACAAAUGUAAAGCAUCAGAUGAGGGUUCACAUGGCGUAUGCUCUGACAUGCCCCAUGCUUGGUGACCACAAAUAUUCCCAUUGGAACAAACUGGCUCCUCAGAAAUUACCUGAACGUGUGCUGAGAAAGCUUGGACUGGAGCAGAGCAAGAUCCGGCACCUUCCUCUUCAUGGGCUUGCACGACAGCUGACCCUGCCAGGAACCAGCCAAGCCGAGAUCAGCGUGUCCUCUCCCCUGCCCAAAUACUUCACUCAAACGCUAAAUAGACUGCAGUUAACACUUCCGGACAGAACAGACUGAAUAACUACCUCUUGGCCUUUUUUUUUUGGAUAAGACUGGCAUUUAAAUGCAGGUAUCAGUGCAGGACUCUUUCAUACCAGUGAAAUGCAGGGAGAGUAUUUGAGGUUAUUUAAAACGAUCAAACAACUUAUAGAACAGAAAAUGCUAAACAAGUAUUUAAAGUAAUUAAAAAUAUUUGAACUUUUUUGGUCUAUGGCUGCGUUUUCACCACAAGAACCUUAGGAAGAACUUGGUGUGUUUACACUGCAGGACAACAAUCUGUCUUAUGUCCUCUACUUGGUACAGCUUAACUCACACAAUUCAUAAGGAACUAUUGUAGUGCUUGGUACAUUUUUGCUUUGACGAUUUUGCAUUCAGUAGAAAAAUCUGAAUUCACACACAGUAAAGAACAUUGUGUAAAAUUUC